AUGCUUGAUGAAAUUGUAAAUCAGUACAAUAUCAAUUCGGCGUUUUGGCAGCUCCCAUUAUCUUUCUUCGAUCGCAAUCAAUACAGUCUAGACUUGGAGCAGGUUUUCUGUGUACCAUACGCCGAGUCUCGCACUGGCUUUUGCACAGAGAUAUCUUACACAAUAAGAUACCCCGAGUACAAGGCAAAAGUUAAAGAGUGGACGAUCCGCCAAACCGGCCUGUACCAUAGAUAUGAUUCCGCUACAUCGCAAAGCACGUUCAUAUUAAUCAAUCCAACUCCCCGGUCAAAGGCACUCCUGAAAGUAGAGGAGCUGUUACGAAAUGCUGGCGCGGAGGUAAUGACCGAUCCUUUCUGGCUGCACUCGGUCUUGUUCUCAACAUAUCUGCCGGCAUGGAGAGAACGCAUUUUGGAACUUGAACGUCAGUUCCUGCCUCUAGCCAGUGCGGCACACGCGGCAUUCAUUGACGAGCCCCUGAGCUUGAAAUACAAUAAUCUCAACGUAUUGAGCAAACUAGAAGGUCAUUUUCUUCAAAUGCCAACUAUAUUGGCGGGCGCUAUGGAUGUUCUCGAUGAGCUCUCUACACUCAUCAGCUCAAUGAAUUAUACACCAAGCACACGGUCCGGGCUACAAAAUCUGAAGAACCAACGUCGACAAUGUAUUACCUACUCUCGGACCUCCAUGCAUCUACAACAACGAGUUCAAUCGGUCGCUCGACUUUUGGCAGAUACACUUUUGCUUCGCGACCAAGUUGUCACGAGCGAACAAAAUGAGCAGAUCUUUCAGUUAAACAAAUCGGCAGUCUUCAUUACCAGACUAUCUUUGUUGUAUCUUCCGCCAUCAUUUAUUGCAACCAUGUUUGGCAUGAACUUUUUCGCGAUGGACCAAGACAACUCAACCAUUGUUGGGACAUCUAUGAUAUGGAUAUUUUUCGCUGCCUCGGCCGGGCUGACUGCUCUCACAUAUCUCAUCUACUACUUGCUGGGACACCGACACAGCAUUGCACUACCCAGACUUACAGAAAGAGGACAGGCGGCUCCACAAAGGAAUUUUCAGGCUAUGUUGCGACGGCUUACAGGGACAAGCACAUUUGACACGGAGCUGCAGGAUUUUCACGCUUGA